UUUAACCACAGAGUCAGAUAAUUAACACAUUUACAACCCAAAAGAACACCACCACUACCAUCACCAAUUUCAUAAUCCAGAUCAAGAUAUAUAUAGCUGCUACCAUGUCUUGUGAUUUUUCGUCAUUGGAAUCCAUUCAAAACUUUCUGCUUCUUGAGCUUGAACACGAUAAUUCCCACGUAGAUUGGAAUGCAUCCAACAAUGAAACCUGCUAUUCACCCUCUUACAAUCAAUUUCCAAUCCCCAAUUUCCAGUCAAGUGGAUCAUCACAGGCUGUCACUAACUUAGAUAGUGUUGUUGGUCCCGUGAAGAAAUCACCAGGGUGCAAAAAGGGUUCCUCUGCAGCAGCGCGUGAAUCCAACGCGCCACCUGUAUGGAAGCGUUACAGGGGCGUGAGACGCAGACCAUGGGGGAAGUUUGCAGGGGAGAUAAGAGAUCCAAAGAAGAACGGUGCUAGGGUUUGGCUCGGAACCUAUGAGACUGAAGAGGAAGCAGCUCUAGCUUAUGAUAAAGCUGCUUUCAAGAUGCGUGGUAGAAAGGCCAAACUCAAUUUUCCCCACCUCAUUGGUUCUGACUCGUUGUCUGAGACAGAGUCAGUGAGUGAGGUGACGUUUUUCAGGCAGAACUCGCCGGACCAUCUUUCACCGGCUUCAUCAUCCGCUUCGGAGGAUAGUUCUGAGUGCUCACCUGGGUCAAAGAAGAGGAAGAACCUAGUUGGAGUGUUGAAUAGGUUAGCCAAGCAUAGAAGCCAAGUGCAGGUGUUUGAUAUGGGUUCAACCACAAAUGAUGAUGUCAAUGUUGAUGAAUGGUGGGAUAAUUUGUCUAGUGAUUCCGGCGUAAUCUGGUGCUCAUAAGCUUCCAUUGGGUUAUAAUCCGUGAAUUAAUGUAGUGACUUUUGUUUGCCUAAUUUGGAGUACAUUUUUAAUGAUUUUUGCAUACACCACUUUGAUGAAUUUCAAAGGGUAUUGUUUCUCAUGAUCAAUAUAGCACUUCAAUUUGCUUC